AUGUCAAUAGUUUUAAUUGUACUAUCAAUUAUACAUGUUGAUGCAUCAAGUCAUCGAUCCGUUCGACAAACUACAACCAAUAGAUGUCCAGUUCCAUCAGAUAUCGUAGUAUGUGACUAUGUUCAGUGUGCAAAUGGACGUUGUGUAGAAGAUAGAAAUAGUCCUGAUUGUUUUCAAUGCCAAUGUUACCCUGGUUAUACAGGCAGACUAUGUGAUGAAGCUGUUGUUAUACCAUCUUCAUGUAAUCCCGGAUGUCAAAAUGGUGGACAAUGUAUACAAACGGUUGCAAAUACCUUUGCUUGUAAGUGUCCAACAGGUUAUACUGGUACACAAUGUGAAACGUCUGUAUCAGUAACACAUCCAUGUGUUACAAUGCCAGGAUCUAUUUGUCAAAAUGGUGGAACAUGUACAAUGAAUGGAGCUGAUUACAUAUGUGGCUGUGCAGUAGGAUGGACUGGAAAGAACUGUGAAAUGCAAGAGACAUUCACUACAUGUAAUACAAAUCCGUGUGGAGCACAUGGUACUUGUGUACAAGGUAUUUCACAAAAUGGACCUGUUGUAUUCUGUAAUUGUGAAAAUCGAUGGACUGGCAAAUAUUGUGAUGUAAAUCUAGACGGAACAACGACAACAACACCAAUGAUAAUAACAACAGUCAAUCCAAAUGUCACAAUGACAACAACAGCAGUCAAUCCAAAUGUCACAAUGACAACAACAGCAGUCAAUCCAAAUGCCACAAUAACAACAACAGCAGUCAAUCCAAAUGCCACAAUGACAACAACAAUACCAUUAUCUGGUGCUUGUUCAACAAAUUCAUGUUUAAAUGGAGGAUCAUGUUUCAAUAUUGGCAAUACCUUUAUAUGUUUAUGUCAGCAAGGAUGGACAGGUCCACGAUGUGAUACAUCAUUUUCAACAAUACUACAAACUUCGACUAUACCAUCUAACAUUAAUGCUUGCAAUCCAAGUCCGUGUUACAACGGAGGUUCAUGUUUUCGACAUGGUAAUAGCUACGUAUGUGUUUGUAAAUCGCAAUUUACAGGUUCGAAUUGUGAAAUGCUUAAAACGACAACGAUAUCUACAAUGACUACAACAAAUACUGAAAUCACAUGUUCAAAUCGACCAUGUCAAAAUGGAGGAACUUGUUUUAAUACUGGUAAUUCAUACUUUUGCUUUUGCGGAUCAAAUAGUCUUUAUACUGGUAAAAACUGCGAAACAGUUAGUCUACCACCAGCAACCAAUUGUCCCUUAAACUGUACACCUGGCUAUUGUAUAAAUUCUGGUAAUAGUCAAAAUGCAUAUGCUUGUAUGUGUAAUGGUACAAUCACUCCAACAAGUUGUUCAUCGACAUAA